AUGUCAACUGAAGCGGAUAGAGUGCCUUGGAAUAAACCAAUACUGGUUAUUGGAUCGCAAGCAUUGGGUUCACUGAUUACGCUCCUUGCCAUUUAUUACCAAAAAAGAUACAAUAGAUUACAUAGAUCAAUUUAUGGGUUAUCUUUUGAUAGUCAAUUGUUUCAAUUCAUACGGCAUGUACUAGCUCUAUAUUGUUCUUUAAACUAUUUGUUUAAUCCAUAUAUCAAAAGACAAUUACAGAAAAGAUGUCCAUUAUUUUAUGAUUCUCAUGAUGUUCAAAUAAUCCCUAUAUCUUGGGUAAUUAUGAUAUUUAAUUUUUUACUUGCAUGGAAUUAUUGGUCCCUAAUACGACAAUUAAAAAAAUACGCCUAUACAAAACAUAUUCACCAAGGUUUUUCAUCUCUGGCCAAAAGUAUUAUUUUCAUUUUUGCAUAUUUUUUAGGGAUAUUUACUUUUUGGUGUGCAUUUUGGUUUGGUAUAUGCCAAGAGAAAGAUUCUGGUCUCUUUGGUCUGUUUUGGCUAGACCAUGUUAAUUAUCUUUGGCUACUAUCCAAUAUAUUUAAUAUUUGGUCUUUCUGGCCACAAUUAUGCAUUAACUGGAUGGGAAAAUGUUGUCAAGGUCUCUCUUCUAGAUUUGUCAUACUAUCAUUAUUGAGCUCUUUAAUAAAAUUAUUUGGAAUUACAAUCUUAAAUAACUGUGAUAAACAUGCAGUACCUAUGAAUCAUAAUAGCAAUCAAGGUGUACCAUACUAUCAAUGGCCAUUUAAUUUAGAGAAUAAAUUUGUCAUUAUUAUGGAACUUUUAUCCAUUAUUGGAAUUUUAGUUCAGGCACAAUAUUUUUAUCCAAAUAAUAAACCAUAUCUACCUAAGGAUAUUGAAAAGACCAAUGUAUAUGGCCAUACAUAUUCUAUAAUAUAA